UACCGCCCUCGCCGCCAGCCGCGCCGGAGGAGGAGCCGCCUCGCCCUUCCCCUUCCUCCGCUCCUCCCCGGCCCGCGCCCGCCGCGGCCCCAGGCAGACUCGCGAGCAGCGGCCGCGGCCGGCGGCCGAGUCGGGAGGAUGCGGCGGCGCUCGCGGAUGCUGCUCUGCUUCGCCUUCCUGUGGGUGCUGGGCAUCGCCUACUACAUGUACUCGGGGGGCGGCUCCGCGCUGGCCGCGGGCGCGGGCGGCGGCGCCGGCAGGAAGGAGGACUGGAAUGACAUUGACCCAAUUAAAAAGAAAGACCUUCAUCACAGCAACGGGGAUGAGAAAGCACAAAGCAUGGAGACCCUCCCUCCAGGGAAAGUGCGAUGGCGGGACUUUAACCAGGAGGCUUACGUUGGCGGGACGAUGGUCCGCUCCGGGCAGGACCCCUACGCCCGCAACAAGUUCAACCAAGUGGAGAGCGAUAAGCUGCAGAUGGACAGAGCCGUCCCCGACACCAGGCACGACCAGUGUCAGCGGAAGCAGUGGCGGGUAGAUCUGCCGGCCACCAGCGUGGUGAUCACGUUUCACAACGAAGCCAGGUCGGCCUUGCUGAGGACGGUGGUCAGCGUGCUUAAGAAAAGCCCACCCCGCCUGAUAAAAGAAAUCAUUUUGGUGGAUGACUACAGCAAUGACCCGGAAGACGGGGCACUCUUGGGGAAAAUUGAGAAAGUGCGGGUUCUCAGAAAUGAUCGGCGAGAAGGCCUGAUGCGCUCACGGGUGCGGGGGGCCGACGCGGCCCAGGCCAAGGUCCUGACGUUCCUGGAUAGCCACUGCGAGUGCAACGACCACUGGCUGGAGCCCCUCCUGGAGAGGGUGGCCGAGGACAGGACCCGCGUCGUGUCCCCCAUCAUCGACGUCAUCAACAUGGACAACUUUCAGUACGUGGGCGCGUCUGCGGACCUAAAAGGCGCAGGCUUUGACUGGAACUUGGUGUUCAAAUGGGAUUACAUGACGCCUGAGCAGAGACGGUCCCGGCAGGGGAACCCGGUGGCCCCCAUAAAAACCCCUAUGAUUGCUGGAGGGCUGUUCGUGAUGGAUAAGUUCUAUUUUGAAGAACUGGGGAAAUAUGACAUGAUGAUGGAUGUGUGGGGAGGAGAAAACCUGGAGAUCUCGUUCCGCGUGUGGCAGUGCGGCGGCAGCCUGGAGAUCAUCCCCUGCAGCCGCGUGGGACACGUGUUCCGGAAGCAGCACCCCUACACCUUCCCCGGCGGCAGUGGCACCGUCUUUGCCCGUAAUACCCGCCGGGCGGCAGAGGUCUGGAUGGACGAAUACAAAAACUUCUAUUACGCAGCAGUGCCUUCUGCCAGAAACGUCCCGUAUGGAAAUAUUCAGAGCCGACUGGAGCUCAGGAAGAAACUUAGCUGCAAGCCUUUCAAAUGGUACCUGGAAAAUGUCUACCCAGAGCUAAGGGUUCCCGACCACCAGGAUAUAGCUUUUGGGGCCUUGCAGCAGGGGACCAACUGCCUGGACACUUUGGGACACUUUGCUGACGGCGUCGUCGGAGUUUAUGAGUGUCACAACGCUGGGGGGAACCAGGAGUGGGCCCUGACAAAGGAGAAGUCGGUGAAGCACAUGGACUUGUGCCUGACCGUGGUGGACCGGGCGCCCGGCUCCCUCAUAAAGCUGCAGGGCUGCCGGGAGAACGACAGCCGGCAGAAAUGGGAGCAGAUCGAGGGCAAUUCCAAGCUGCGGCACGUGGGCAGCAACCUGUGCCUGGACAGCCGCGGGGCCCAGAACGGCGGCCUGAGCGUGGAGGUGUGCGGCCCGGCACUGUCCCAGCAGUGGAAGUUCUCGCUCAACCUGCAGCAGUAGGGAGCCGCCCGCGUCCUCCCGCGCCGUCGGGCCCCACGACGAGCCCGACGUUAUUGAUUCUGUUUCUUAAACUUUCCGAGAAACUAUAUACCUCAGUAUUCCAUCACGGUCUGAAGGUCGGAGGACCUCGGCGCGGGGCGGGCGGCACCGGAGCGGCGAGGAGGGGGAGCUCGCCCACCCCGACCCCGGGCCCCGCCGUCCCUGCCCGCCCAGCGCCACGCGGAUGGAUGCGGAGCCCCACGCCGGCGGGCGGCAGGACCCGGAGGGAAGGGGCGGCGGCCGCAGCACAGCGAGCAGAGCUCUCCAGCCUCCACUUGGAUCCGCCGACGGCACGACCGGUUUCCAUCCCGGUCACGGUCACGGUCACGGUCACGGUCACGGCGUUUGCCCCGCCCCGCCCUCCCAACUGUCUUCCCGGCGCAGACCCCCUUCCACGUGGCGUACCUGCUCUCUUUGGAUAUGAACUUUGCUGUGGUGGGACACUGCACACAGACAUAUAUGAAGAAAGAAUGUACGGUCAGUUCCUAUGGUUUCUGUAGGUCACCCUCAUCCUGUAAGUUGUCCACAAAGCAGAUCACAGCGAGAGGAGGAGGGGCCGAGCCCUUCGGGGCCGGAGGGAGGAAGCGCCUCCUUUGCCCCCGGAGCCUUAUAGGUGGGUAGGUCCUGCUGUGGCCGCCACCCCGGGAGGCUAGCCCUGCCCCGAGGCCCGGACGCCGGCGGCAUCUCGGUUUGGCUUCAGCUGGGAGUCGUGUCAUGCUCUGUGUCGGAAUCCACUUUUCGUGCCCUUGGUGUCUAUAAACCCUGAAUGGGUUACUUAAUUUGACAAAUUACUGCUUCGGGUCUUUGUAAAUUUCUUUUCUCUAAGGAUAAAAUGAAUAAAAAAGAAUCUGCCAGCUCCCGGUGAUGGUGGGACGCUGUCACAGGCAGCAUUGGGUUCACGGUGAGGACCCUGGUGUGCUAGCACCACUGUCAAGGUCACCUGGGCCCAGUCCUGCCUGCCUCAGGGGCUUUGGGUCAAGAAUUAGGAAAAGUGAAAACCAAACAACACCUGCUCAAUGACGCUGAGGAUUCAGGGCACAAAACAGGAGCUUUGUGGCUUAGGAGGCUUAUGUCAGUAUAAACCACAAGACGGUCGUGAACUGAAAGUAAAGCAGGAAGAGUGGCCUGGGCGCUGCCCUGACACCCAGGCGUGUCCCCGCAGAGCCCUCCUUGCCUCUGAGGUGCCCACACACAGGGGUAGCCCAGCCGAAGACCCCACGGGGCGCCCCGGUCACUCUCGUGGUCAGUGCCCUCCUGCCUUCCUGCGUCCCCCUCACCCAGCCCUUCAUCACACAGAUGCCCAGUGUCCAAGAGGCGUCACACGGGCACACCUUCAGGCCCCUCUGGGAGGGCCUGGCAGGUCACAGAGAAGUGGCCCCAGAAGGUUCUGCCAGGUUGACACUUGGCCAAGUGCAGCUCUCUCCUGCCUAUUUCUUCUAGGAAAGGGGACGUUGGUCUUUCUUCCUCCACUGCAGAAGCCACCCAUGUGUUUGCUUUAUGACGGUGGGCUCCGGCCUGGAGGCGUGGCUGGGUGACUUUGUCCUGCGUCUUUUUGCCCCCUGCCGACCAACCAGGUGUAUUUUCAGUGGACCGGGAGGCCGUAGCUGAAUUAACUCGGCACAGCUCUAUCUUCAGAGGCUGAUCGUGGCCACCAGUAAGCUCUUAGAGAGAGUCCUGGGAACCUGUGCAAGGCUGCUGAACACAGGUGGGGCAGGAAGCAGUCACCCAGCCCCUGGGUUCCGGUGUCAGGCUACUCCUACUGUUAGGAAGAAAAUCCCAUGGACGGAAAACAAAUUUGGCUUUAAAGUAACACAAAUUUUAAUCAGAUUCUCGACAAAUUCUUUCUUGCCCACACACCUCCACCCCACCCAGAAGUCUUCCAACCUUUGUACCAUUGAGAUGGGUCCCCCUGGGCCCUUGGGGGGCAGCUCCCCAUCCCUGAGGUGGUAGGGUUGGCGGCCUUGGAUGGUGUGGGCGUUGUGAGCUGAGGUGGGCUGGGAGGGCUCCCUUGGGUGAGCUAUGUUUACAUGACACAGUGUGCCAAAGUGACUUAACUAUGGCUGCAUUACUUUUUAGUCAUCGGGACUGUCCCCCUCGCCCACGCUUGUUUUUACAAGUAAAGAUUCUUUCCUAAAAGCCCUUGGAGCAAAGCCUGGCGAAGUUAGUUGUCUUCUCUGUGCUCGUCUUUCUUACGUCUUCAUAAAAGCUAAAAUGAUGGUAUCUGUGAGUAUGUUUUGCAAAUUCAAAAUAUAGUUUGGUAAUUUUUUUUUCCAGUUGAUUUUUAAAAAGAACUGCUGUACAGAGCUUGUACUUCGUCCAUUUUAUAGAUGGAAACCAUCCUUGAAAAUUGUUUAACUUAAAUAAAGAGGAGAUACUUUAUAGAUA